GGACUCCUCGACUCACAAACAUAGCGCGUCGCCAGGGCAACCGCGCGGCCCCGCCCCCGCCGCUCGCCGGAAGGAGGGGGCCGGGGGCGGGGCGGUCGGCGAAGGUCCGGCCUUUCCUCAACUUUGUGCCUGUUGCUGUUGAGGCGUUCGAGAGGCUGGAGGGGGCGCGCGGGCGGCCGCCACCAACGACGAGCUUCGGAGAAAAGGAACAGGGACCCCACGCCUAGCGUGCGUCAGCGUGGUUCGCCGCCGCCGCCCCCCCCAUCCACGGACCUCCUCUGGGACCCCAAGCCCAGGGUCCUCCAGCGCGGUAGUCGCCUCCAGUCAGCGCCUGAUUUCACCGCAGAUCGCCUUUCCGGGUUGCCGCGCAGCCAGGUUGGGGCCAGCCGGCCGGUUGCCCGGGUAACGCGGGAGUCAGUCCCCGGGCGCGGGCACUUCGGGGCCGCGGCCUUCCCGGGAGAGCGGGAGUAGGGCGAGCACCUGUGCGCGGUUCCCCGCGGGGAAGGCCGCCCGCCCGCCGCUGUCCCCAACGCGACCGUCGCUGCGGAGGCCGAGCCGUCCCGCGCCGCCGAGCGUCCCUGCCAUGAAGCCCAACUUCUCCCUGCGACUGAAGGUCUUUAACCUCAACUGCUGGGGCAUUCCCUACCUGAGCAAGCACCGGGCCGACCGCGUUAAGCGCCUGGGAGACUUUCUGAACAGGGAGAGCUUCGACCUAGCUCUCCUGGAGGAGGUGUGGAGCGAGCAGGACUUCCAGUACCUGAGGCAGAAGCUGCUCCCCGCCUACCCAGCAGCACACUACUUCCGGAGUGGCAUCAUUGGCAGUGGUCUCUGUGUCUUCUCCAAACACCCAAUCCAGGAAUUCACCCAGCACGUCUUCACCCUCAAUGGCUACCCCUACAUGAUCCACCACGGUGACUGGUUCUGUGGGAAGGCCGUGGGGCUGCUGGUGCUCCGUCUGGGUGGAUUGGUGCUCAACGCCUACGUGACCCAUCUCCAUGCCGAGUACAAUAGACAGAAGGACAUCUACCUAGCACAUCGUGUGGCCCAAGCUUGGGAACUGGCCCAGUUCAUCCACCACACGUCCAAGAAAGCUGAUGUGGUUCUAUUGUGUGGGGACCUCAACUUGCACCCAAAGGACCUGGGCUUCCGCCUGCUGAAGGAGUGGACGGGACUGCAGGAUGCCUAUCUGGAGACUCGGGACUUCAAGGGCCCUGAAGAAGGCUGUACGAUGGUACCGCAGAACUGCUACGUCAACCGGCAGGAGCUAGAGCAGUUUCCCUUGGGUAUCCGUAUUGACUACGUGCUUUAUAAGGCGGUGUCUGGGCUAUACAUCUUCUGUAAGACUCUCAGAACUACUACAGGCCACGAGCCUCACGGCGGCAGCCCCCUCUCCGAUCAUGAGGCGCUGAUGGCUACUCUGUGUGUGAGACACAGCCCCCCCCAGCACAACCCCAGCCCUACCCAUGGACCAGCAGAAAGGUCUCCGCUGAUCAGUGUGCUACGGGAGGCCUGGACAGAACUGGACCAGGGCAUGGCUCAAGGUCGCUGGUGGGCCACCAUCGCUGGCCACGUGAUUGGUCUAGGGCUUCUUCUCCUGGCGUUGCUGUGUGCCCUGGCGGCUGGAGGAGAGAUCAGGGAAGUUGCUGUACUGCUCUGGACCCCCAGUGUAGGACUGGUGCUGGGGGCGGGUGCAUUCUACCUCUUCCACGUGCAGGAGGCCAAGGGCUUGUGUCGGGCCCGAGCUGAGCUCCAGCAUGUGCUGGGAAGGGCAAGGGAGGCCCAGGACCUGGGCUCAGAGUCCCAGCCAGCCGGGCUCCUGGGGCAGCAGGAAGUAGACAGAGCAGAGGAACAAUAAAGCUUGACACUUUGGUG